AUGUUAGUUUUUACAUAUAAUGUUGAUCCGCUAUAUUCUGUACUAGAAAAUGAGAAUUUAAAUCUUCGUCCAGAUAAAAUAACUCAGGGCAAUUGUCAAGCGGAGAUACUUAAAAAUGCAUUAAGAACAGAAGAUGAUUAUUUUGUUGCACCACCGGAAUUGUGCCUCACUAUUGUUGUGCCUAUGCAAGAUGUAAUGCCAUACUUUGUGCAAUGGCAAAGAUACAGAAAAUAUUGGUGGAGUUCUAUAACUACAACACCAAGUCUCUUUACUAUAAGUGACAUCAAAGACAUUGGUAUGACUGCAAAUGUUAAUAUAAUAGCAAACUUCAAUUGGGGUCAGAAGACUGUGGAAACAUUGACUAUUGAUGUUAAAUCUGAUACAAAGAUGUCCAAUUUGAAGUGCAAAAUGACUACUGAUGAUGCAUUGAUUACACUCUUAUUGGAUGGAUUAAGUAAUAGAACCAAAGAGGAAUAUUUACACCUUCAUAACAAAAUAGCGCCAUAUAAAAUUGCUCUAGCUUUAGAUUACCAAGAUUCCAAAUAUUAUAAUAGUCUUAUGGAACUUGCUAAAUUAAUAAUGCACAAACUAGAAGCAAAAAACAUUUCAACCAGGUGUCCAAACAUGUUGAUGCCUUUGAGUUUGCAGUUAAAGGAAAACUUUCAAAUGGGUGUUACAUACACUGCCAUUAUAGCUGAAUGUACCCUUACUGAUGGAAUCUUUCAAUUACUGAACAGCAGCACAAUGCUAAAGGAACAUUUACAUUUAGCUGAUUUUGAAUCUUAUGCUGCAUUACUUGGUGGUAAAGGGACA